AUGACUUUGCAAGGAGCAGCUCAGGACUGGUUCUAUACCUUACUAUCCAGGUCGAUCAGCAGCUUCAAUGAGCUUACUUACGUCUUCACUAAAGAAUACACUUCUUAUCAGACAAUCAAGAAGAACCUUGACCAUCUGUUCAACAUGCACAAGAAGCCCGAUGAAUCCCUCCGAGACUACAUCAAGAGGUUCAAAGCGAGAGGGCAAACAUUGUAG